AUGCUGGGUCGACGUCUCAAGUUGCGCUUUGCUCGGCCUCUGAGAGCUGUCCGUCGCGCUCUGCCUCCAGUCAAUUUCAUUACCUUACAUUAUGCAUACUUUAUAUUCACCGGUCUGCUGUCUGCUAUCAUUUUCUGGGGUUCCUCUACCACUACUCAUGUCGAUUUCACUGACGCCUUAUUCCUUUGCGUCAGUGCCAUGACUCGAAGCCUAAAUUUUGCUACAGCNGGUCUGAACACUGUCAACCUUAGUGAGCUUAACACAUGGCAACAGUUCAUGCUCUUCGUUCUCAUCUUCAUUGGGUCUGCCAUAUUUGUAUCCAAUUUCGUCCUCCAGGUCAGAAGAAGAGCAUUUGAACGAAAGUUCAUCAGUGUUAUCGAAAGCAGAGCCCGAAAACAGCGUCGUUCUUCUUUGAGACCUUCUACUUUCUCAAUGUCCAGGCUCUCGAUAAGCAGAUCUCGGGAGAAUCAAAAUCAAAACCUAGGUGUGGACAAACGGCCUUGCUCAGCAGACGUGAGUGAUGUGAAUGAGGCCCAAACUCCUGUUAGAAGAGGUCGUACUUCAUUCAACAAGUCCUCUCUUCGCCUGAGCACAAGCAAGGGUACCGAUGGCACUAGCGAUGAUCCACAUGUUGCUGAAGAUGGACUGAAUAACGCCACUUCGCCAGACCGCAUUACCUUCAGUCCGGAGACUGUGUUCCGAUCCCAGAAGCACCAAGAAGACCAGGCAUCACCUACAAAAACAAGACAACGCAUGUUCUCAGUUUCUGGUGUUGGGGCUCGAUCUGAAGCGAGUCUUCACCGUGUCACAUCCGUGUCGCGCACAUCUGUCGCUGAGGAAGCGCCUGCGGGCAAUCAGUCUACCGCUGACUAUUUUCCAUCUGCUGGAUACAUCUCUCGCAAUUCAACAUUUCACAAUCUGACUGAGGCCGAGAGACAACAGCUUGGUGGUGUGGAAUACAAAGCAUUGUUGUGGCUUUCCUGGAUCGUUCCUUUGUAUCUCGUCCUCUGGCAACUGCUUGGAGCCUUAGGCUGUGCGGCUUGGGUUGCAUACAACCGUCCGGGGACAGCUCGAGCUAACGGUCUCAACCCAUGGUGGGUAGGGGCUUUCAACGCCGUAUCAGCUUUCAACAAUUCUGGUAUGAGCUUGUUAGAUGCCAACAUGGUAGCCUUCCAGACAUCCUACUAUCUUCUACUGACCAUGGGCUUGCUGAUCCUCGCUGGAAAUACGUGCUACCCAAUCUUUCUCCGGUUGAUUGUCUGGACAAUUUACAAACUAUUGCCGAAGAGAGCCAGAUUUGAUGAUCAUCGAAACACCUUGCGUUUCCUACUCGACCAUCCACGCCGCUGCUACACUAAUCUCUUCCCAUCUGAGCAUACCUGGUGGCUAGCCUUCGCGGUCUUUGUCCUCAAUGGUGUUGAUUGGGCUGCCUUCGAGAUCCUGAACAUUGGCAAUCGCGUGCUUAAUGCGACCAUUCCCAUCCAUAUUCGUGUAGUUGAUGGUCUCUUCCAGGCUUUUGCCGUGCGCUCCGGAGGCUUCUAUGUGGUCUCUAUUCCUACGAUCCGCAUCUCGCUCCAGGUUCUUUAUGUCAUCAUGAUGUAUAUCUCUGUCUAUCCUGUUGUCAUCACGAUGCGUAAUAGCAACGUCUAUGAAGAGCGAAGUCUGGGUGUAUACGACGAGAAUGAUCCGGACAACAUGUCUGAGGCCUCCAAAGAUCCCAACAGCAUCUACAGCAAGUUCCGGGGAAUCAAGAAACAAUUUGCGACUGGCUUUGGUGGGUUGAGCGAGGGCAAGAGCUACUUCAUACAGCAGCAAUUAAGAGCGCAGCUCGCUCACGAUGCUUGGUGGAUCGUGUUCGCUGUUUUCCUCAUCAUGAUCAUCGAAGGUGGGCAAUUCGAACGCGACCCAACGACAUUUUCCGUCUUCAAUGUCAUCUUUGAAGUCGUCUCUGGCUAUGGUACAGUGGGCAUAAGCGUCGGUGUACCCGACAAUGCAUACUCGUUCUCGGGCUCAUGGCACAAGUUGAGUAAACUGAUUCUUUGUGCUGUUAUGCUGAGANNGGGAAGGCACAGGGGUCUGCCCAUUGCUAUUGAUCGUGCAGUUCUCCUGCCAGACGAGAGACAAGAUUUCGCCGAAGAGGAAGAUGCAGCUAUCAGAAUGGAGAGGGCAGUCAGCAGACACACUACAAACGGUGACGUGGUUUGA